GCGCUAGGCCCUGUGCUUGCUUCCUUCCCUGUUCCGAUAGCGGACGGAAAGGCGAGAUUUUAUACCCUAGCCGCGAUGCUGGCAUUCGCUACCACACGCAAUCGCUAGGGGUCAGAGCCGAAUCAGCCGAUGCAGCACACGGACUGGUUUCCAGGCGAGGCCACUUGUGCCAGUUUUGGCAUCUUUUGCAUCUUUUUGGCAUUUGCUUUUACAUUUUACCACUUUCCUCUGAUCCUAUUUCGGCUGGACGUCGACGUUGGCAAGAACGUUUGGGUGGCGCUCAAACUUUUCUUGUGGCGUGUUGCUGUUGCUGGUGUUGCAAAGUUUGUGACAUGGUCUUGGUUUCCUUGGGGAGUGAGCACAUUGUUUAGUAGCAAAAAGAGUUCUGGCAUUGGUGAGCCUGCAAGCCAGUACGGCCGUGGUGCUCUGACACACCUCCCAAGUAUGGAUGAUUCCGACCUCAAAUACUUGAAAGCGGAGACAUCUUCGCAGAAUGGCCUGUCGGCAACGUCUCACUCCGAAUGGGCCGCAAAGCGGCUUGUUUGGGUGCCGCAUGCCGAGCAUGGCUUCAUCACUGGAAGUAUUGUCCAGGAAAAGGCUGGCUCGGAUGAAGUGAUUGUGGAGCUGGCGGACAAAUCCAAAGCCGCAGUCAAUCAGGAUGACAUUCAGAAAAUGAACCCGCCCAAGUAUGACAAGGUGGAGGAUAUGGCGGAGCUGACGUGCCUGAACGAAGGAUCAGUUUUGCACAACUUGAAAUCAAGAUACUUCUCGGACCUGAUCUAUACGUAUUCCGGAUUAUUCUGUGUUGUCGUCAAUCCGUACAAGAAGCUACCGAUCUACACGGAGAAGGUUGUGGGUCUGUACAAGGGGAAGAAGCGGCAGGAAAUGCCCCCGCACGUGUUCGCCAUUGCCGACGCCUCCUACAGGUCCAUGCUGCAAGAUCGCACCAAUCAGUCUAUUUUGUGCACCGGCGAGUCCGGAGCUGGUAAGACGGAGAACACCAAGAAGGUCAUCCAGUACUUGGCCUACGUGGCCGGUAGUCAGCCAACUGACUCCCAACGUCAGCAGCAGCAGCAGCAGCAGUCUAUCCACAUCAGCGCCAGCACGCACAACCGUAACACCCGUCGCCGCUCAGAGACGUUCAAGAACAAGGUCGGCCUGGGUAACCUGUGCCAGGGAGAGAUGGAACAGCAACUGCUGCAGGCAAACCCUAUACUGGAAGCAUUCGGUAACGCCAAGACCGACAAGAACGACAACUCAUCUCGAUUUGGCAAGUUCAUUCGUAUCAACUUUGACGCGCACGGAUACAUAGCUGGUGCCAACAUUGAAACGUAUCUCCUGGAGAAAUCUCGUACCGUUAGGCAGGCGCCAGGCGAGAGGACGUUUCAUUUCUGCUAUCAGAUGAUGGCCGGUGCGGACGAGGCCCUGAAGCGUGAGCUGCUGCUUGCCGACAUCACCGAGUACAGGUUCAUGACUAAUGGCAAUGUCACACUGCCGGGUGUGAACGACGCCGAGGAGUACAACAUCACCAUGGAGGCGUUUGACACGCUGGGCCUGGGCAGCGACGACGUCAUGUCCAUCCAUCGCAUCAUCUCCGCCUGCCUGCACUUUGGCAACUUCUCCUUUGUGGAGGAUCGCACUGAGCAGGCUCAGCUGCCCGACCAGUCUGUUGCCGAGAAGAUCUGUCAUCUGCUCAACAUUUCCGUCACUGAGUUCGUGCGCAGUCUGCUGACACCGCGCCUUAAAGUCGGCAGGGAAACCGUCACCAAGGCACAGACCACAGCCCAGGUCAGUUUCUCUGUCGAAGCCCUAGCCAAGGCGCUAUACGAGCGUCUGUUCAAGUGGCUGGUCACCCGUAUCAACAAGACAUUGGACAGGACGUCUCGCAAGGGUAGCUCCUUCAUUGGUAUUCUCGACAUUGCUGGGUUCGAGAUCUUCAAGGUGAACUCCUUUGAGCAAAUGUGUAUCAACUUCACGAACGAGAAGCUGCAGCAGCUUUUCAACCAUACCAUGUUCAUUCUGGAACAGGAAGAGUACCGUUUGGAAGGUAUUGAGUGGAACUUCAUUGACUUUGGAUUGGAUCUGCAGCCUUGCAUUGAUCUCAUUGAGAAGCCAAUGGGAGUGCUAUCUCUGCUGGACGAGGAAUGCUGGUUCCCCAAAGCCACUGACAGGACGUUUGUCGAGAAGCUUCUACAGAAGCAGAAGAAGCACGACAAGAUGUCCAAGCCAGAUUUCCGCAGCAAGGCCGACUUCACCGUGAAUCACUACGCUGGCAAAGUGCAAUACGUGGCUGAGAGCUGGCUGACCAAGAACAUGGAUCCACUCAAUGACAAUAUUGUGUCCCUACUGCAGAACUGUGCUGAUCCAUUCUGUGCCAACCUAUGGAAGGACACCUCAAACAUCACCAGUAUUGCUAACAUGGGCGAUGCGGCGUGUACACGGCCUCGCAAGGGCAUGUUCCGCACUGUCGGACAGCUCUACAAGGAACAACUCCAGCGUCUAAUGGAGACACUUCGAAACACCAAUCCUAACUUUGUGCGCUGUAUCAUUCCCAAUCACGAGAAGAAGUCCGGCAAGAUCGUGCCGCCGUUGAUCCUGGAGCAGCUGCGUUGCAACGGAGUGCUGGAGGGCAUACGUAUCUGCCGCCAGGGCUUCCCUAGUCGUGUCCCGUUCCAGGAGUUCCGUCAGCGCUACGAGCUGCUCACGCCCAGCCUGAUACCGAAGGGCUUCAUGGACGGACGCCGGUCGGCUGUGAUGAUGCUGGAAGCACUGGAGCUGCACGAGGAUCAGUAUCGUGUGGGUAACAGCAAGGUGUUCUUCCGCGCCGGUGUGCUAGCCAAGCUGGAGGAGGACAGGGAAAACAAGCUUAGUACCAUCCUCACUGCCAUGCAGGCACGCAUCAGAGGAACUCUCAGCCGCAUUAACUAUCAGAAGUUAGUACAGCAGAGUAAGGCUAUUCACGUUGUGCAGAGGAACUGCAGAGCCUACCUCAUUCUGCGUCGCUGGCCAUGGUGGAGACUGUUCACUAAGGUGAAGCCAUUGCUGAAUGUGACUCGUCAGGACGACGAGCUCCGCGCCAUCGAGGUCGAGCUGAAGACGGUCAAUGACAAACUGGCCCGGAGCGACCGUGACGUGGACAGCCUGCGUAACCUAGUGGAUACACUGACAAUGGAGAAGAGCAAACUCAAUGAACAACUCACCUCUGAACAGGACAUGCUUAACGAAGCUGAAGAGGCACGCUCAGAGUUGCUGCAGCGCUGCGGCAAGCUGGAAGAGGCACUUCACGACACGGAGAUGCGUCUGGACGAGGAAGAGGACCGCAGCAAGGACCUGUCUGCAGAGCAGAAGAAGCUGCAGGAGAAGAUCACCGUCAUGGAAGAACAGUAAGCUGAAAAAUGGGAAAAACGGGUUUUCUCGCCUGUCAGCCGCCUGUCAGCUGCC